GUGAUCUUUUUUCUCUGGUUCUUGAACUCUUUCUAAAUUCUGAUGUCUUUCCUUUCAUUUCCCUCCAUGGCUUCCCCUCGUCCUCAUCCUCUUCCUCUCUUCACUUUUCAUCAUCCUAAAAUGAAAAGCGGCAUCAAAUAGAAGAACGCGUAAUUUUCCCCCAAGCCUACCGAAGCUUCCAAUCGUUGGAAACUUGCAUCAACUUGGCAAGCUCCCACACAAAUCGUUAUGGCACCUCUCUCAGCUUUACGGUCCCAUUAUGAGCCUCAGCAUAGGCCGUAUAGAAACCAUCACCAUAUCAUCUGCCCAAACAGCUUGUGCUCUCUUGAAAACCCACGAUUUUCAAAGUUGCAACAUACCAUAAAUGCAUGCUAUCAAAAAACUCACUUACAAUUUUCUUGACAUUGCAUUUACACCUUACCGCGAUUACUGGAGAGAGAUACACAAAAUUUGUAUACUUGAGCUUUUCAGUAUAAAAAGGGUGUUAUCUUACAAACCCAUUAGAGAGCAAGAAGUUGGUUUACUUAUUGAAUCAAUUUCACAGUCAGCUUCUUGUGGAACCGUUGUUGAUCUUACUGAGAAGUGCAUUGCUUUCACUACUAAAGUUAUUUUUAGAAUUGCAUUUGGGAAGCCGUUUAAAGGGGAUGGAUUUCAUGAGCUUGUGAGUGAAGCUGAGGCCCUAUUGGGAUGCUACAGUGCUUUUGAGUUUUUUCCUGUUCCUUUUGUGGGGAAGGUAAUUGAUUGGUUUAGUGGCCGAGAAGCUAGACUUGAGAAGGUUUUUAAUUAGAUAAAUGUUCUGUUUCAAAAAGUAAUCGAUGAGCAUCUUCUUC